UUUUUACUUCAUUUGAGUUACUCCUAUUUCUUUAGUGUUGAGGGAGUUAGAAGCAGAGCAGUUGUGUUUACCUGGCUGUACGGAUACGUACUUCCAUCAUAUCGCGGGCAUCUUGGAUUAUUGUUUGCUAUAAGGCAGACAGACUUCUACUGACCGCUUUGGCCAUUCGCGAAAAUGAGCAAGACGACAGGAAGGACACAAUUGGGGGGAUUUAAACGUUUUUCUUUUCGUUUCGAGGGUCUUCGCUUGAUUUCAGUCAUGCAGUACUAAAAGAAAAAGCAGCACAGAAGCCACAAAAGAAAGAGUACUGAUGUAAAAUCAGUUACUAUUGCUGUUCAGCUUUCCUAAAUCGUACCACAGCUCGUGUUUUGUUGAACGUUUUCUCCUGAAGAAUUGUUAUUUACUCCUCGCGGGAAGCGGCUCGCCGAUUCGGGACUGACCACUGCUGGAGGUUGUCCUGAAAAUGGAGGCGGUGAUCGAGAAGGAAUGCAGCGCACUCGGAGGACUUUUCCAAACUCUUAUCGGAGACAUGAAAAGCAGCUGUCCUAUUUGGGAGGAUUUUAUUAACAAGGCGGGGAAACUGCAGUCUCAGCUCAGGGCGACUGCAGUUGCUGUGGCUGCCUUCCUGGAUGCUUUUCAGAAAGUGGCUGACCUGGCUACCAACUCCAGAGGGGGGACAAGAGAUAUUGGAUCAGCUUUGACCAGGAUGUGUAUGAGACAUCGCAGCAUAGAGGCUAAACUCAAACAGUUCUCCAUGUGCUUUCUGGAGGGUUUGAUUAACCCUCUUCAGGAACAGAUGGAAGAGUGGAAAAGAGGGGUCAACACUUUGGAUAAGGACCAUGCUAAAGAGUACAAAAAAGCUCGACAGGAGAUCAAAAAGAAGUCAUCAGACACUCUGAAGCUUCAGAAAAAAGCAAAGAAAGCUGAUAAUCUCGGCCGAGGAGAUAUCCAGCCCCAACUGAACAGCGCAAUGCAGGAUGUCAGUGAUAAAUACAUUCUUCUUGAAGAAACCGAGAAACAGGCCUUAAGGAAGGCUCUCAUUGAAGAGAGACAGAGGUUUUGCUGUUUUGUAGCGAUGCUUAGGCCUGUGGUGGAUGAGGAGACGUCUAUGUUAGGAGAGCUUACCCACCUCCAGACUAUCUCUGAAGACCUUAAGGCUCUGACCUCUGACCCUCACAAACUUCCUCCAGCUUGUGAACAGGUUAUCACAGAUCUGAAGGCCUCAGACUAUGGCUGGUUGUGUCACACACCACCCUCAUCUCCCAGUACCACCAUGUCCAGGAAGUCCAGUAUGUGCAGUAGUUUGAACAGCGUAAACAGUAGUGAUUCCAGGGGAUCCAGUGGCUCCCACUCUCAUUCUCCUUCCUCCUCUUCUUCCUCCUCUUCCUCACACCACCUUUUCCAAAACCACCACCCCCGCCACCGAUACCGCAGCUCCACGUUGCCCCAGCAGACCCCGGCCCGCCUCUCUAGCAUCUCUUCCCACGACUCGGGCUUCAUCUCUUCAUCACAAGACCAAAACACGUCGUCCAAGUCAUCCUCGCCAAUGUCAGCUGAAUCGAAGCCUGCCUGCCCGCUGCCCGCCUCUCUGCCCCAGCCUUGUCCCAGUUCCAGCUCCUCUGAGGUGUCAGAGGCUGAGCAUCCUCACAGCGACUGCAGCUCCCCCUCUUAUCUCACUGCCGCUACUGCAUCCCAGCACACUACUGACGAGCUGUCCAACGGCUUUGACCACUACAGCCCAGCAGGGUCCCCCCACCUGUACAGCAGUGGGGGGAGUGUGAGCUUCAUGUCAGGAAACGCCUUCCCUUUCUUCCCAUCCACCUCCGCCUCCAGCCCCACCCGUUCAUGGUCACGUCCUGCCUCGGCGUUGCUGCCUGACCACCCCCCCUACUGCACGCUGGGCUCCCCCAUGUUUCCUUCAUCCCGCGUCCCCAGCUGGAAGGACUGGGCAAAGCCAGGACCUUAUGACCAGCCGAUGGUCAACACUCUGAGGAGGAGGAAGGGCAAGGACACCUCAGCUGUGGUGGACAAUAACUCUGCUGGCAGUCGGUCAUCGGGCCAGGCCUCAACCUCAGGGCCAUCGCCUCCAGGGCUAAGAAACGCCGGCCAAUCAGAGGAGAGAAAUGGCAUCAUCCCUGGAGCUGUAAAGCCUGGUGACAUGAGGGCUCACGAUGAACUGGCCCUAGCCUUAUCCAGGGGUCUGGAGCUGGACACACAGAGAUCCAGCAGAGACUCCAUCCAGUGCUCCAGCGGUUACAGCACGCAGACCAACACCCCCUGCUGCUCCGAGGACACCAUACCGUCGCAAGUGUCAGACUGUGACUACUUCUCCAUGGCGGGAGACCAAGAGCCCGAGCAGCAGCAGCCGCAGCAGUCAGACUUUGACAAGUCCUCCACCAUUCCCAGAAACAGUGAUUUCAGUCAAUCCUACAGGCGCAUGUUCCAGACCAAACGGCCCGCCUCCACAGCCGGCCUGCCUGUGGCACAAGCGGCUUAUCCCGGACAGGUGACAUCCUCUGUGGGGACCUAUCCUUCCACACCCAUCCAUGCAGGAGCCUACCCAUCUACCCCUGCAGGGGCUUAUCCCCCGACUACAGGUCACGGUCCAGUCAUCAUCACCCCUGGAGUUGCCACAAUCCGCCGUACUCCUUCCAAACCGUCCACCCGUCGCUCGGGCUCCGUGGGUGCAGGCCCCAUUCCCAUCCGCACUCCCGUCAUCCCCGUUAAAACUCCGACUCCACCUGAUGGUCCGGGAGUAGUUAACGGCAGCAGAGGUGCCGAAGAGAUGAGAGGCGGGGUGGAAAUCUCAGAUUCUUUAAUCUUUUCUGGACCAAAUGACGCCGACAUGCUGCCUAUGGUGCCCUGGAGCGGUCAGGCCUCCACCAACCCUCCACCUGUGCCCCGAGGAGGAGGUGGCGGCGAGGUCGUCGGAGAUGCAGAAGAAGGAAAUAUGCUGGUGGCCAUUCGCAAGGGCGUAAAGCUCAAGAAAACUCUCACCAACGACCGCUCUGCGCCGCGCAUCGCAUGAGGGCGUGCUCCCGUGAGCCAGCAAAGGUCACCUGAAGCCAGUGACCUCUUAGAUGGGAAGCUUCAAGAAGUGUUGCCUGCAGCAUAGCAAUGUACUAAGAGAGGCUCCUAGUGCUUAUAGUUUCGUCCGCUGUAGUCUAAAUGCAAUUCUGCAAGUUCUCCAACAUCUACAAAAGCUUUAAAUUCAUCUUUAAUUUGGGGUCCAGUUUGGCACGAGCUUCAGAAAGAUCCCACUUAACUGAUGACUGUGAGCCCUGUGUGCUUGUUUUUGUUUAAGCAGAGUGAAAAGAGCGAGACGACUGAAGCCAAAGAACUCCUGAACGCCGCUUUGGACUCCCCAACGAAGAGAUAAGAUAUAAGAUAAGGUUAAAAGGACAUGGAGCUCUCAGUGAGCGUUCUUUUCUCCUUUUGGUAACUACUACAAUCCAAACAACGCCAAGGAAGGAGGGUUCAGGUGAUCCUGGAGUGUCCGUGCCGUGACGCCCUCCGAACGGAGCUCACGUUCCGACUUGUGGAUGAAGGAGGACGAGUGUGCAUCCGUACGCCGACAGAUUUCCAUGGAGCAGGCGAUACACCAAAGCAGACGUCCACAUGGCCUCCAGUUUGAGGCAGCAGUCCAAAGUUCAGAUGCUUUAUUAGCAGAUAUUAAGUUGUAGAUCGCUUUGCUUGUUUGUAAUAUUUACAAGGUUUGUAUAUAAUCUAAUUUGUAAAUAAUAUUAACGUCUCACUUAAGCGGGAAGCUCCGUAUUUUGCAGCAUUUCUACAUUUCUCCUGCAGAGUGCCAAAUGUAGUUUAUUUCAUGGGAGGAGGGCCCAGCAGUUUCCCCCUGAAGCCCAGCAACACUUUAUCUUCAUUCUAUAAUUUAGGCUGUUCUCUGGGAAACUCGACUGAGGUUCUCAACAGUUAAGUUUUUUAUUUCCCUCUUUUUCUCACAUUCUUGACCUAUUUGAAAAAACCUGCUGAGCAUGUCUGCUGUGGCCUUUUAGUUUGGAAGACUGGAGCAUUAAAAUAAAAUGAACAUAAGAAGAAAUGUGUAAUAAAAACGCAUAAUCUGUUUUAAUUCAACAAAUCCAAAGUGAGAAGUUAGUUCAACCCUUCAAAACCAGAUUUGUCAUUUAAACACAAUUAUAGAUGAAUUUCUUUACAUGAGUUUGUCAAACUGAACUGGUUUGGUUCAAUGUAGAGUUUCAGUGCAGGCUACUUAAAGUGGGUUUCAGAUUUUGAUUUCAGUACAAGCACUGUGAGACCGUGGCUACUACAGGGGGGAAGAAAAAUGGAAAUGGCAUUUAAAUAGUCCAUGAACACAUUUAUUUUUUGUAUGCAUCUCAUUUUUCUUUGUUCAAAUGUUGUUUAAUUUAAGUUUUCUUUUUAAGAAAUCCUCAGAAUAUCAGAGUAGCUGCUGUUUUCUGUCCCAAUGAGUCCCUGGUUUCAAACCUGCAGCUGCUGGGGGCUGAUUGUCGGUGUGAAAGUUUGAUUUAGAUCAGUAUUAGAAGUCCAGAUGUUGGGAUUGCUCAGACCUGCUCACACCUCCAUAGCAGAAGUACUUUCAGGUCUGUGGUUUUGCUCAUACACUUAUUUUGCGGUGGGGGUUGCUUGCAUUUUGAACGUCACUGUUGAGCUCUUUCCUCGCGUGUAUUAUCGGCUUUUCAUUUCUUAUAUUUAAGUUGUUAGCAAAUGUAUAUCUAUUGCCAAAUGUUAGUCUAUUCUAUAAAUAAAAGUUUAUAGUUUGUGAAGUUUGGCACGUACCAUGAUAAAAUAAAAUCUCUUAGCUUAGUUUAAAGCUCCUGUUUCCCCAGAAGAGAGUUGAUCUUUCUUUCUGUCCUUGUAUAGUUCAAGGUAUCAAGCAGUUUGUUUGGAAAUCAAAUGUUAUUUUUGUGUCCUGAUGGCUUAUAUGAGCAAUAUAAUAAACAUUCUGUUAACGUGG